UGCAGAUAUAACAGAAUGUCAGUGUUUUGUUAUGCCAUUAGUUUAUGCUGUGUUUUUAUGUUUAGGUUUGAUGGAGGGAGGAGUGACAUUUUCCCAAUGGAGUUUUUCCUUCCUCCACAGAGGACGUGCCUAAUUUGCUCUGAUGAAGCAUCUGGAUGUCACUAUGGAGCCCUCACUUGUGGAAGCUGCAAAGUGUUCUUUAAGAGAGCUGCUGAGGGGAAGCAGAAGUAUCUCUGCGCUAGCAGGAAUGACUGCACCAUAGAUAAACUGAGGAGGAAGAACUGCCCAUCCUGCCGUCUGAGGAAGUGUUUCGAGGCUGGGAUGACCCUGGGAGCCCGCAAACUGAGGAAGAUCGGACAGAUGAAAGGUCCAGAGGAGGUUGGCCCUGUUCAGGGCCCAUCAGAGACAAUCCAGUGCCUGUCGCCCAAGCCCAGCCUGACGUUCCACUCACAGUUGAUCUUCCUGAAUAUCCUGGAGUCCAUUGAGCCCGAGGUGGUGAACGCGGGCCAUGAUCAUGCUCAGCCUGACUCGGCAGUUGCUCUCCUCACCAGCCUUAAUGAGUUGGGAGAGAGGCAACUUGUCAAGGUAGUGAAAUGGGCCAAAGGACUUCCAGGUUUCCGUAACCUGCAUGUAGAUGAUCAGAUGACAGUCAUUCAACACACCUGGAUGGGAGUGAUGGUCUUUGCACUGGGUUGGAGGUCCUACAAGAACGCCAACGCGGGAAUGCUGUACUUUGCACCAGACCUGGUCUUCAAUGAUCAUAGGAUGCAUAUCUCCAGUAUGUACGAGCACUGUGUUCAGAUGAAGCACCUCUCGCAGGAGUUUGUGCUGCUGCAGGUCACGCAGGAAGAGUUCCUGUGCAUGAAGGCCCUCCUCCUUUUCAGCAUCAGUGAGUCUACUGCUGUUUGUGUGUUGUGUGUGUGUGUUCAGAAUAUUGUUC